AGAUGUCAAGAUGUGAUGCACACCGAGGAGCAGGACCAGGAGAAUGAACAAUGGGAGCAGGUCUUGGACUCCACUGUAUCAGACGUGGAGGAGGAGGAGGAGGUGGUGGAGCAGGAGGAGAUGGAAGAAAGAGUAGCGGUAGACGAGGAGCAGGCACCAGGCAAAGAGCACAACGAGGAACUUGCUGCUUUUCCUGAAUCCUCACCUCAGAAAACUAGUCUUCAGUCUUCCCCCGCAACAGUGAAAGCUGUGCCUUCAACCCCAACAUUCCCGUUUGACUUUAGUCCUGUCCGCUCCCCACAUCAAGGGACCUCUGAUACCAAAUCUCCAGCUUUCCUGUUCUCUCUGAACUCUGAUCCGAGCACCCCGGGUUUCUUUGGACUUGGAUUUGACGCGGGCCCAUCACAGGAUGAGGACUUGUCUUUCGCCUUCCCUGGCUCUUUUUUCAAUGAGAAGAAAACCACAGAAAGAAAGUCUUCAAGCUCCCCAAACUUCCUGUUUGGUCAACCGGAGCAAAGUGAAGACUUCCAGUUUGUCUUCAGCCACAAGAGCCCGCAGACAACUAACAAAGACAACACUGGGGAUGAUUUCCCAUUCUCAUUCAGCUUUUGAGCUAUAAGAAAACAUCUGAAAUACUUAAUAAUCGUUUGUCAGAUGGGUUACUUACUUAUUUUCUUCAGUAAUGUUCUUAUAUACUAAGUUAAUGACAAUACCUUAGGUAAAGGUUCAUAGUUUAAUACUAUUAUAAAGCAGUUAACAACAAAAGUGAAGAUUGCCAUGUAGGACUUUUUCGGUUUUUGGUCUAUUCAUAUUUAAUUUGUCUAUUUAACUUAUACAGCCUAUUUAUCUUAUAUUAAUAGCUUUUUAUACUGCGAUGGAUAUCUUUCUGACAUUAUCUCUGUUGAAUAACAUUUUAUUGAUGCAGCAUCAGUAUCAAAAU